AUGGGCGACGCAGCAUUAGCACCCAAAGAACAUCUACUGAUAACCUUCAUGCGGGACUUAGCCCCGGAUCAACUGGAGGAGAUCAAGGCUAAGUUCCCGGGGCUGGAGGUGUCGAGUGUGACGUUGAAGAGGGGGGAGGAUAUUCCUAGUGAACUAGCCAAGAAGGCAUCUUACAUUGUUACAUUUACUAAUCUCCCAAAACCCGAGGAUGCUGGGAAUAUUAAAUUUAUCCACUUCCUCUCCGCCGGCUUGGACCAUGCUAUCCAGCACCCCAUCUUCAAGGAAACUGCUAUCCCGUUGACAAGCAGCUCGGGGGUUCAUGCGCCCCCGAUCGCCGAGUGGACGGUCAUGAACUGGCUCGUUCACACACGCAAGUAUGCAUACAUGUACGAAGGGCAGAAGAACCAUGAAUGGCGCGAUAGCAAUAGCGGGUAUUUUCAGGGUGUGCACGAUCAAGUAGGGAAACGGGUUGGGAUAUUGGGGUAUGGGAGUAUUGGACGGCAGACCUCACCACGCCCAACCCCAUCCUCACGCCACGACAACGGCUUCAUCGUCCCCAACACAGGCGACAAAGAAGGCACAAUCCCCAUUUCCUGGCACCACGGAACCGACAAAGCAUCCAUCCGCGAAUUCCUCGCUCUCGGUCUCGACCAUCUCGUCAUCUCGCUUCCGCUGACACCGCAAACGACGCAUCUUCUCGGGGCAGAGGAAUUCGCGCUCUUGGCGGCUAGUCAGGGAUCGAAAGGGGCGAAGCCGUAUUUGACGAAUAUAUCGCGUGGGAAGGUUCUUGAUCAGGAGGCGUUAAUUGGGGCGUUGAAAUCGGGUGAUUUGAGUGGUGCGGCGUUGGAUGUUACGGAUCCUGAGCCGCUGCCUGCUGGGCAUCCGUUGUGGGAUGCUCCGAAUGUGCAGAUUAGUCCUCAUGUGAGUUCUUUGGGGGUGGAGUAUUUUCCGAGGUCGUUGGAUAUCGUUAAGGAGAAUGUGGGGAGGGUGAAGAGGGGGGAGGAGUUGUUGAAUGUCUAUAAGAGAGGGAAGGGGUAUUGA